UUACCUGUCAGUACUUACAGUUCCAAUAUUAAAUCACAACUCGUAUUACACAAAUCAGAUCGGUAAUCGUAAUAAUAUUUAUCUUCACCAAUGACCACGUUGAACCACUGAAAAUGCCCGAAUAAUAAUAAAUCACAAGUUUAUGUGAAAAUGUCAUCGAUAGCGAACGCAGCAUCGAUACCGAAGAAAAAGAAAUCUAAAAAGGAUUUGUCGCAUGAUUCGCUGGAGACACGCGCAAAAGAUGACGCAGAAGCGGAAGCAGCAAAGUUAGCUGCGCGGAGGAAGAAGAAAAGGGAAGAUGAAGCUGUACGGAAGAUGUUCGUUUCCAAACGCGAUCCAUUUGAGGCACCUUUGAAAUGGUGGGAAACGGAACAUGUCAAAUACGCUAUAAAUUAUCCACCCGUGAAAUUAUAUCUGGAUGAUGUAAUGGGUUCUCAUAUUGUGCGACUUACCGAUCGUAAAUACAUGCAGGCGUUCGCUUCGAGUAUUGGCAAGCAUCGGGAGAAACAACAAAGCAUACGCAUGAAAGAGAGAAUGGUGAAACCACCCUCAAUUAUAUCGCUGUUAAUGGAAACAUCGUAUAAAACGCUCACCGAAGCUAUGAGGAAAAAGAACUUCAACAAACUUAAGCUUUAUUUGUAAACAAAAUAAUAUGAGAAACUAAUGUUAAUAAACAAAAAAAAAUCGGAUACUGAAAAAUGGUUUAUAAAAAAACAUUAGUACAUUAGUAGAUUAAUCUACACGCUACUUGAACUAUUUUAUGUAACAUUGCUUAUGUGUAUAAUUGAUCAAAAUAAACGUGUAAUUUUCACUAAUACAGAAAGAAACAAAAUGAAAACUGUAAUACUGUA